ACAUCCACUGUCUUUUAAUGUUAUUAAAGAAUCGCUUUAAAAUAAAUCUAAGAUUUGGGUAUUUCGGUCAAGAUAGACAGCCUUGAAAUAUAGUUAAUAACUUUAAUUUUAACUUUUACACAGGCAGUUAAUUAAAGCUUUUGAGUUAGAACCAGUAUUUUAUUAACUGUAAUUGAGUGCAUACUUAUUUAUCGAGAUUACGGGCGCAGGGACAAUUGGUUUAAAGUAAAACUGAUUACCAUUAGUUGCUAGAUACGCCAUAGUGUGAACACGGACACUAUACGUUGAAAUAAUGGAAAGGACUUCGUUUGAUUAUAUUGUUGUCGGUUGCGGCGGCAUCGGUAGCGCAGCACUGUACUGGCUGUCGAAAAGGGUUGGUGCAGGUGCUCUUGGCAUAGAACAGUUUGAGUUGGGUCAUCAUAAUGGAGGAUCACAAGACAACUCAAGAAUAAUACGGACGGCUUAUCAUGAUGAAAUGUACACAAAACUUGUUCCUGACACAUACAAGGCGUUUGAAGAAGCAGAGAAAGAAUCUGGAGUGCAGCUUGUUUACAAGACAGGAGGUUUGUUGAUAGCGAAGAAAGGAGAAACCGACGACGUUGCUGCAAAAUAUGCCAAUGCUAUGGGUUCACAGAACCUACCUUACCAGUGGUUGCCAGGCAGUAAGCUGAAGCAAAGAUUUCCCCAGUUUAACACGGGGGACAAUCAUGUAGCAGUGUACGAAGAGGACGGUGGUCUUGUUGAUGCAGCAAUGGCGAAUGCUGUACAUAUCCAACUGGCCAGGGGAAACGGAGCAUCCGUUAUUGACCACUGCCCAGUCCUAAGACUUACAAAGAACGAUAGCGGACACAUUACAGUUCACACAACAAAAGGUAACUUCACUUGUAAGAAGGUUAUUAUGACGCCAGGGGCAUGGAUAAAUCACGUUCUUGGUUCUAUUGGCGUUCAUAUUCCAGUUUACGUCACUCAAGAACAAGUGACCUAUCUUGGCACACCACAUAUGAAGGACUUCGUUAAAGAGAAAUUCCCCAUAUUCAUAUACCAUUCUAAGGAUCACGACAUGUAUGCGCUCCCCCUUCAUGGUAACACGGGAUUUAAGAUUGGGAUUGAUGCCGGCGGUCCAGUUGUCACACCGGAAACUAGAGGUUUUAUUCCGGACCCCGUAAGAGAGAAGAAAUGUAUCGACUUCCUUAAGGAGAUAUUGCCAACGUCUGUUGGCCCAGUUCUGUACAGCAAGACUUGUUUAUAUACAAUGACACCGGAUCGAAACUUUGUGAUAGAUACAUGCCACAGAACCGGUUACGACAACGUCGUAAUAUGUAACGGAGCUGGACACGCAUUCAAAUGGUCUGCCCUGCUUGGUAAAAUACUCAGCGAGAUGGCAAUAGAUGGACGAACACAAUACGAUAUCGCACCAUUCACAAUGGACAGAGAGGCGUUGACAAACCCGGACUACAAGACUACGAUAUUUGAGGGUGGCAGUUUAUCAGGAGGCAAAGAUACAUCAAAAUCGAAACUUUAAUUGUUCAAUUUAACACGAAUAACCGGUGAUAAAAACAAAACAGACUUUUGACAAAGGGAUGUCAAGAAGAUGAUAUCGUGUUAUCAAUCUACGUAGAUAUUGAUAUGUUAUUUACAUAUAGUAUGGAUUAAGAUGUAUGCCUAUGUAUAGUAUUAUCUUUACUCACUUCAUCAUAAGUGAUAAUAUUCAAUCUACUUACAUUUUUCGUAAGUGCUUUAUAUCUACUAUAGGUAGUACCUAAACCAUUAAACCCACAAAUAUUUGUUGUGUCUGUAUAAACCCAUAAAAUAUAAUAUGUAAGGCGUAUUAUAUGGUAUUUGACGUUGCGUGUUUCUUUCAUUUUUCAGUUCGUAAACAUUUCUGAAAUGUUUAACAUAUUUUCCCCUUAAAAGCUAUUGCUGUGGUACAGUCUGAUUUUAAAUUUGAAUUGGAUUCGCGGGAGGGCAAAGAUUGACAAGGAAGCAGGGAGGUGGUCCCUGUACAUUUUUGAACUACAGAUAUGAAACUGUGGCCUCUGUUGCAUGUUUGGAUCUACUUGAGUACCCAAGCAUAAUAAAUAUGAACGCGCAAUGAAGCCGAGGCAGAAACUAAAUUAUUAUUCCUUUGCUCAAAAUAGCUGGGUACAUCUUUUAUAAGUAUAGGUCACAUUUUUUCUGAGGUAGGGGUACGGCCCUCAACCCUCGGCCUUCUUUUUGUUGCAUUUAGACAAAUAUGUAUUUAUAUCAAUUGUUAUGUUAUGAUUUAGAAUCAUGCAUGUAGAUUUUAAGCACUUGUUUUCAAUCUACAAAAAUAAAUGUGGAAGUAC